AUGUUCACGAACCAGGAUUCAGCCACCAACCAAUUGCUUCUCUUGAUCAAGGCAAUCGCAAUCUUCAGCGCAGGUCAAUAUGAAGAAGCAAUGCUGCUCAUAAAAGAACUCGCUACCGCUUGUUCGGAUACCGAUCCUCUUGCGCGUCUGGUUGUGGAGGAAUAUCUACGUGUUCAGCUCGGAAUGAAAGCCUUCAAUGGUGCGCGUCACGACGAAGCUGUUGAUCACUUCACUGCCGCUGUGAACUCCACUGCUUUCUCAUCGAAAUAUAUUCAUUUUAUAUACCAGGACUUGACCGUGCUCUUUGGCUGGGAUCUCGAGUCCUUGUUACUAACUACACACCAGAAUCGGUGCCAGGCUUUCCUCUUGGCAGGUAAACCCGAUGAAGCCCUCGAGGCAUACAAAUACAUGAUGUACGCUGUUGACGAAUCUGCAAAGGCCAGCUGCCUCAAUUGGUCCAAUGAAUUCAAGGAACGAUGUAGCGUUCUCUGUGUUGCUAACGGAGAUACUGCCCUUGCUGUGAGCGAUUAUGACACGGCUAUUGACCUAUACUCUGCGGUAAUCAACUUGCAUUCUGCAUCUGAUACCGUAUUUGCAAACCGCAGUAAAGCGAAGUUGAGCAAAAUGUUAUGGACGGAAGCCCUUCUCGAUGCGCAGAAGGUCAUCGAAAUCGACUCUUUGUCUUAUCAUGGAUAUAAAUUGAAGCACGCAGCACUUCACGGUGCACAGCGCUAUGAUGAAGCCAUUCAGGCCUUCCAAAUGAUGCUGUCGAAAUUGGACAAUGCACCCGACAUUCAGACGCGAAAGCUACGCCAGCAGUAUCUGAAACUCUCUGAAGUAGAAGGUGUCAUUCAACGGGUCAUUGAUGCUCAAUUCAACAAUGCGCCGUUGCGUGUACUCGACACCACCACCGGUCUUUUAUGCGAUCGAGAAACGCAGAUAAGCGCCUUCAAAAUGAGCACAGAGUACAAGGAGAUUGUGUCAUCAACAAUCACGCAUGGAGACUUGCACAUGAAGCACAUCGAAGAAGUGGUGAAGAGGUACUUCCAAUAUGCCAUGCUAUCACACAGGUGGGAAGGGAAGGAGCCUCUGCUUCAGGAUAUCGAGGGCAUCAGCGCAUACGACUCGGAGUUGGAUCCCAUUGGCGGCAUGACGAAACUGCGGUCGUUCUGCAAAACUGCUCGCGAUGCAGGGUAUAAAUGGGCAUGGAACGAUACAUGCUGCAUCGAUAAGAGCAACAACGUCGAACUCCAAGAAUCGGUUAACUCCAUUGCUUGGAACACGCGCGGAUGGACGGUUCAAGAAUUCAUCGCUUCCAAAGUCAUUCUCUUUUAUCAGAACGAUUGGACUCUUUAUCAAGAUGAUCACACUCCCAACCACAAGGAUUCAAUCGCGAUCAUGCAGGAGUUAAAGGAAGCGACGGGCAUAGACCAACCAGUCGUCCCAACCUUCCGUUCCAGCAUGCAUAACGCCCGAGAAAAACUUCAUUGGGCGUCAACCCGCGUUACCACACGUCAGGAAGACAUCGCAUACUCGUUGUUUGGCAUCUUUGGCGUCCGCCUGCCUGUAGAUUAUGGUGAGAAGCAGGACAAGGCUCUCGGGCGGCUCCUGCAGGAGAUCGUGGCUCGGUCGGGCGACAUCACUGGUCUCGAUUGGGUCGGAAAAUCAUCAGAGUUCAAUAGCUGUCUACCAGCCUCCAUCACUUCAUACGAAGCUCCACCAUGCAGACUACCACCCUUACCCGAAGAUGAAAUUCAGUCAUCGGUUUCUUCGCUGCGAAAGACGGUGACUGCUGAUUUUGCUUCGAACCUUUAUACCCUCCUUCGGAACACUAGCGCCUCUCGCUUCGCAGCACAGAGACUGCAUCUGCCUUGUAUUGCAUUCAAUGUCAGUGAAGUCAGACGGGUGUAUAGUCCAGCCCCGGAAAAUCAUUUCACGUAUGAAGUGAAGGCAGACGGGCUUUGUGACUUGCUUGUCACCACCGCAGAGACCAUAGUUCAAUUCUGGCCGGCAAGGCCCACUGAACAAAAUUUUGUCCUUGAGCUACCUGACUUUGUAGAACCGCCUGGAUUUAUGGACCCGUCUGACUAUGGAGACGAUACGGAGAACGAGGAGGAUUAUUGCACGCCGCCUUCUUCUCCGUUGGACGACUCGUCUGGUGGUUGUCCUGCAAAACAAGAGGUGUUUGACCUAGAAUCACGAGCAUUGCGGUUGCUCGUUCGCCUUGGGCAGCCUUUUAGUGCAUUUUUGCUAGCGCAGCAGCGCAGUGGAGAAUACAAGAGGAUUGCGACGGAUCGUGAUAUCAUUGGGCAGGUCAACGACGUAGUUUCUGUCGGAGACUUGAUGGACAUCAGGACCAUAGAAAUAUUGUAGUCAUAUGUUUUUUGUUCCAAAGUUUAUGGACCUAUGCUCAGGCACACAUAUACUCCAAGUCCAAUCGCUUCUCUAUCAUUUCUCACAAACCUUUGUUCGUCCUCUAAAAAUCCUUCAAGAGUGGGCCCGCGUCAAGUGACCACGAUCCAUAAAUUGGCAUCAUCAUGUCUUUCGACAGAUACUGGAAGAGAAAGUAAGGUAAAGAGCCGAUUGGCAAAGAUUUUGAAAUGAAAAUAGGCACACCGACUCGGAGAGCCCGCUCUUCUAUUCUGCAAUAAAAGGGCAUUAGAACAUGGAUAGGUUAGGUUUGAGUCUCAUUCGUUCACUCGUUAUGAUUGAUUGUUCGCCUUCGAUUUCGGUGGGUUUGUGAUAGCGCAGCAGCAUGCGAAUAGAAGAGAACAUGUAUCAGUAAGAGGAAUGGCUUCUGUUCACAUAAUGAUGGAUAUCAUGAUAUUGAAGCUAUUGUAGUCAGUUGAGUUCGUUGUUGCAAAAUUAGAGG